CGGAAGAGCAUAGUCAUAGUCGGACCUCAUUGGUUCACCGGUCACCAGGCAACCAGACGCUUGGAGUAACUAGAUGUGGUUUACAACAAACCAGCUAAGACUAGCACUUAAAUGUAAAGCUUUUGCAAAGAUACAGCAGCAAUUAGCACCAUCAUCCUGACAGAAGUGUGGGGUUGGACAUCAUGUCAGAUGCUAACGUUAAGGAACAGGAGCCUCCGACGAGCGGUGAAGUGGAGGAGGAAGGAGGGCAGAACAGAGAGACGGACAAAGUCAACCUGACACAGGCGUCUCAGGUGUUCACAGCAGCGCGAGAGACGCUGUUCCCAAAGGAGACCACACAUACUGGAAGGCAUGCACUGUCACUAGAAUGGGUGUUUGGGAUGAAUCCUGCUCUUCCAGUCUUCAGCCUGCAGGACAACGAUCAGCUGGUUGUUCUUUAUGCUGGAGCCCAUAAUGGCAUCAUCUACAAUCACACCACAAACUCUCAGCACAUACUUCAGGGUCACUGCAGCCCCAUCUCAUGUGUGUGUGCCAGUGAAGACAGGCGCUGGAUUGCAACAGCAGACCGAGGGAAGACAAGCACAGUGAUGAUAUGGGACUCAUACUCUGGUAUUCCUGUGCAUACAUUCUUCGAUUGCCAUCCGCAUGGGGGUGUCAUCGCAAUGGCUUUUUCUGCAGACACAAAAUAUCUGGCGACUCUUGGGGCGGAAGACUUUCAAUGUGUGUGUGUUUGGGACUGGACAAAUGACACAGAGAACCCUUUGGUAUUUACCAAAAUCAAUCCUGAGCAUGGUUUUCAAGAGUGGAUUCUUUUUAAUCCAAAUGAUGACACUCAGCUGCUCAGUAACAGUAAAAACCAGGUGUUGUUUUACAACAGGGCUCAGGGAAGUCUGCAGUACGUUGCCCUGAAGCUCAAGAAGGUCGCUGAUGCUGAUCCGCAUGGAAGCGGGGGAACCCAUGGUUCUGCUGACCCCUUUCAAACCGUGCACAUGGCUGGCGGCUUUCUCACUCAGUCCGUGUUCCACUGGAGAGCGCCUCAGAUCCUAACAGCCUCUGCAGCGGGGAGCCUCGUGCUGUGGGACACGCUGGAAGACCUGACUGCAAACCAGAGCCUCCCCAUAGAAAGAGUCAGGGUCGUCCAUCUUCAGGAGGAGCCCAUCACCGUCCUCGCUGUGACUGACCGCUAUUUAGUCACUGGUGACGCUCAAGGCCAUAUCAAGUUCUAUGAUGAAAAAUUCAGGCUUCUCACUUGGUACGAUGAAUUCGGUCUAGAUGCCAUUGUUUCCAUCUCCUUUUCCAAAGAGGAUACAAAGGGGUAUACAGAGGACUGCAGCCUGGAGGCCGAACCGUUAUAUAUCAGGAACUUUGUCGUGUCCACAGUCAGCUCCACAAUACUGCAUGUGAGCUCACAGAAUGGCACUCCUCAAAUCUUGCUGUGUGAGGAUCGCGACCCUAUAAAUGCAGUCGCCUGCCACCCUAAACAGCCCAUUGUGGCCAUGGGCAAUUACAGGGGCGUUUUGAAAUUGUGGGACUACAACACAAAAGUGAUUGUGUGCAGCAGGACCUUCGAGCCAAAUGAGAAGAUCCAAUGCAUCACAUUCGACCCCCAUGGACUAUACCUGGCAGUUGGCUUUGGCAGUGGAGCUGUUCAUGUUAUGGAUCCCUCAACGCUGCAGAGUGACCCGGAGGAACGUUUCCAUUACACUAAACACAGCAUUGAGCACAUCACAUUCUCCUCAGACUCAAAGUACCUCGCUACAGCGGAUGCUGGUAGGACAGUGACAGUGUUCUUCUUGCACACUGAUGAAGGCUCUUUGCCUCGCUGGAUGUAUCUAGGCAGAUAUCGCUCCCACUACAAGCCCAUUAAAGACCUUCUUUUUGGAGUUCAACUGGAUAGCACCCAGCCCAGGCUGCUCUCCCUGGGAAUGGACCGCCGUCUGGUGGAGUACGACCUGGAGAAGAGUGCUGUGAACCGACUGCUCAUCUCGAGCUCGGAGCAUGUUGAGCAAAGCGCCGUGCCUAAAUGUAUGACCUGGUAUCCUCCCCUGACGACAGAACAUUUCCUCCUUGUCGCCUCAGACCAAUACAAGAUGAAGCUUUUCAACAGCACAACCAAGAUGUGCAGAAAGACUCUACUUGGCCCAGUGUAUGGAUCUCCAAUUAAGAAAAUAUUGGUUCUUCCCAAGUCUAAAGCUCUGGAAUCAAACUCAUAUCACCUGGCAUUCAUCACAGAGGACAAGGUUGGUCUGCAGAGUUUGCCUUUGGACGGAAACCCCUACAAGUCCAACGCCUUGAUUUGCCAUCCAACAGGAGUGUCUAAUUUAGCCUGCUCCUAUGACAGCCGACUCCUCUUUACUACAGGAGGAUCUGACUGCACUGUCAUGUCGUGGGCGAUCAGCUUGAAUGCGAUGGAAGCAGCAGCUGCACUGGGAGGAAGAGACCUGGAACCUUUUUACAACCUUCUAGAGGGAGGACGAGACGGACGGUUCUACAGGGAAAUGGAGGAAUUCUUUUAUUACUGCCAAAUCCACCACCAAGGCACGGACUCAAUGGAGAAACGUCAAGUGUCUACAAAAAUUCCCCUGUCAGAGGUUCCCUCUCUAAUGAGAGCCUUGGCCUACUUCCCUACUGAACAAGAGAUAGAAGACAUGCAAAAUGAGGUCAAGUUCAGCAAGUACGCUGAAACAGGAAAAUAUGUGACUGAUAUCGACUUGGAGGAGUUUAUCAAGCUGUAUGUCAACCACCGACCAGUCUUUGGCAUCUCUAGAGAUGAGCUUGUUCAAGCGUUUCGCAUCCUUGCUAAUCAUGACAGUGCAGGACGUCCUGUUCUGCAGAGACAAGAGCUGAUAGAACUUCUACAGGCGCGAGGAGAGCACAUGACAGAGGAGGAGAUAGCAGAGUGUUUUGCUUCACUUUUGGGCUUGAAUGAAGAAGAAGGAGAAGAAGAAGAAGGAGCAAGAGGAGGGGGACAUACUGAUAUUUAUAAAUCUAAAAGUGGAGAAUAUUCACUGGCGUGUGCGAUUCCAGAGGAUAUUUCUGUGGAGACAUUUACAAGUGACAUUAUGGGCUUCCCACCAUCAGCAGAGCAGAGAUCCAGGUGUUCCCCUGCAGAGUAAUGACAGUGAACAAAAGGCGUUAAUAAAAGAAACUCUUCUG